AUGGCUACAUCAACCAUGGCAUUCCAAACCUCGACUCGCGAUAUACAGAUGGUCGACUCCAUCGGUUCUCUGCAGAAAUUACUCAACGAGCUCGAUUACAACUCGCAUAAGCCCGCCGCUCUGUUCUUCGACGUCCAGACCUUAAAUCCAGGAGAAGACGGCUCAAUCUCAAUCAUCUCUCUCUUCAUACGGCCCAUCAAAAAGGUCUUCCUGAUAGACGUGCUGAAGCUAGGCGACGACGCAUUUACGACUACCAGUCUCGCCGACAACUCGCUCAAGCUCCUGCUUGAAUCUUCCGCCGCGUCAAAGAUCUUAUUCGACGUCGGAAACGCCUCUGCCGCGCUGUUCAAGCACCACGGAAUCCGCCUGAAUGGAAUCAAAGACCUCCAGGUCAUGCAAUUCGCGACUCAAUAUCCGCGCGCCCAGUAUGCUCAGGCUGCAAGCUUGGAGACGUGCGUCGAGAAAGACGCGCGCAUUCCUCCAAGAUCACUCGCGCUGCGGAAGCAUGUGCAUAGAACUGUGAAUCAACUGCGUGAUCCAGCAAAGGGAGGAAGCGAUGCUGUGUUUAAAGAACGGCCUCUCAGAAAGACAAUCCUCGAUUAUCACUUGCAGAACGUUCUGAUCUUACCAUGGUUGUGGGUCGUUUACUGCGAGACUCUCUGCAAGCCGAACAAUGCCCUCUGGCGGAGCAUGGUGUUUCACACGGUUCGGGACAGGAUCAGAGAAUCAAUGGAGCCUGCUUUUGCCGAUGGAGCUGAUACCAAAAACUGGGGCUGGACUAGGGAGUUCAUUGAGACUAGCAAGCGUGGAUGGAACGAGGAUAUACUUCUUGAGCUCGAGGGAAUUCCUAUGGUGGACCGCUGCUGGCUUGAUCCCGACUUUUUCUGAACUGUCGUGGUGGUCGCCUAUCUUGAUUUCGGGACAUUUGCGUGUUUUGUCUUGCUUGGUGAUGUGGAAG